AGGUCUUUUCAGAGAAUGUCCAGAGAAUGUCUAAUAUGUAGACGGGCUCUGGUCUUUUCCAUAACCAAUGAACUCGUGAGGUUCAUUUGAAAUAAACUUAUAUUAUUUAUAAUGCUUCGGAAUUAAACUGAUCCCUGACACUGAACUCGGCAGUUUCCGGCUUAUUUCGUAGCAAUGUCCGAGAGAACCGAGAGCGGCAUGAAAGCGCGAGUGCUUCUGCAGCAGUGUCUGCAUGCAAGACUGCAGGUCAAGCCUCCAGAAGCUGGGAGGGAGGCUGAAUGGGUGAAGAUUAACAGGGGAAUGGUUAUCUACAUCUGCUUUUUCAAAGGUGCAACUGAAGAUAUAAUCCCCAAAAUGGUGAACACUCUGCUGAACAUGAAGCUCUGUGAGACAGAAUCUGGAAAGUACACCUCAGUGCUUCAGCUACCAGACAGUGUUCUCAUAGUACCGCAAGCUACGCUUGGAGGAAAACCAAAAGGAAAAGGGAUGCAGUACCAUGGCAACAUUGGGAAAGAUGAAGGCUUGAAGCUCUACAACAGCUUUGUGUCUCAUUGUCAAAGUGAACUCUCAGCCUGUAAGAACAGUGACACUGUUACAGAGGUCAGACAUGGAACGUAUGGAAACAGACAAGUCUUGAAGCUGGAUACAAAUGGACCUUAUACUCAUCUAAUGGAGUUUUAAGAAUUAUACCAUUUUCAUUUGUUUGUAGAUCUGUAAUAUAUGGUUGUAUGAAAGACAUGGAUGUAUACGGAUCAUCCAGAACUGUUAAUACACAUUUAUAGCUCCACUCCUAAUUAAAAUAUGUGUAAUGCUUA